GCCACGCCUGUAAAUAGAGGACACAGGACAGACUAAAGAUGGCGUCGUUGAGGUGCUUUUUUCGCUCUGGGAGGAAUGCUAUUUCAGUCGUCCUCCGAAGGGAGUUUCAUAAGACUUCGCCGGCUACCUUGCAGGUGACCGUCAGAGAUGCUCUGAACCAGGCCAUGGAUGAGGAGCUGGAGAGGGAUGAGCGCGUCUUCCUCCUGGGUGAAGAAGUUGCACAGUAUGAUGGUGCCUACAAGGUGAGUAGAGGGCUUUGGAAGAAGUAUGGAGAUAAGCGCAUUAUUGACACACCCAUUUCAGAGAUGGGCUUUGCAGGAAUUGCUGUAGGUGCUGCCAUGGCUGGUCUGAGGCCAAUCUGCGAGUUCAUGACCUUCAACUUCUCUAUGCAAGCCAUCGAUCAGGUCAUCAACUCGGCGGCAAAGACAUACUACAUGUCAGCCGGUCUGCAGCCUGUCCCCAUUGUCUUUCGGGGGCCCAAUGGUGCCUCCGCUGGGGUGGCAGCCCAGCACUCGCAGUGCUUUGCUGCCUGGUACAGCCAUUGUCCUGGGCUUAAGGUCUUAAGCCCCUGGAGUGCAGAGGAUGCCAAGGGCCUUCUGAAGUCUGCCAUCCGGGAUGACAACCCUGUGGUGGUUUUGGAAAACGAGCUGAUGUAUGGUGUGGCUUUUGAGUUGUCCGAUGAAGCUCAGUCAAAAGACUUCGUAAUACCCAUCGGGAAAGCAAAGAUUGAGAGACCAGGAAAUCAUGUCACUCUUGUGGCACAUUCCCGAAUGGUGGGUUUUUGUCUUGAUGCUGCUGCUGUCCUGGCCAAAGAGGGUGUUGAAUGUGAGGUCAUCAACCUGCGAACAAUCAGACCUCUUGACACAGAUACUAUUGAAGCUAGUAUUAUGAAAACCAACCACCUGAUAUCUGUGGAGGGAGGCUGGCCCCAGUUUGGUGUUGGAGCUGAGAUCUGUGCCAGAAUCAUGGAGGGUCCAGCAUUUAACUACCUAGAUGCUCCUGCUAUCAGAGUUACUGGAGUGGAUAUUCCAAUGCCGUAUGCCAAGAUUUUGGAAGACAACAGCGUGCCACAAAUCAAAGAUAUAAUUUUUUCUGUAAAAAAGACAUUGAACAUGUAAUAUUGCAGGCAGCAACCUUUUUCACUUCUCAGUCAGGAAAUGUCUACAAACAUUUAAUGUUUCUCAUAUACCAAAUAAUACCUAUAGGGGAAACAUUAAGCAUAGUUCAGUACUACAAAGAAAUGCACAUUGGUCUUUCUGUUACAUGAGGGGUCUGGACUGAUUCAACAAUGAUGACACCAUACUUUGUAUUUGGAUCAUUUCUUAUGUCUCUGAAGAUAAUUGGUUUGUUAUGAAAGGGAUAUUUAUUGGGGAUGGGUGAAUAAUAGCCUUUGUCUUUUGUGCACUUCAAAAUUCCUGUCUAAAUAAUGGAAGCAGAAAUUAUUCAAUAGACAACAUCUCAAUCAAAAUUGUAUUUAUAUAGUGGUUUGCUAGAAUUUGACAAUUUGAAUGUCUACUGGUGGAAAAAAUGCCCUGUAAAUUCAAUGGGAAAAUAGGGUGGCACUGACAUUCAAAAUAAGAUAUUUUAUUGUUUUUAAUAAAUAAACUAAUCAUUUGCUGCUUAAGCACCACCUGGGCUAUCAACUGCUAGAGAACAAGGCAGCAUAUAGAUAAAGUAACUCUGUAUAAGUUCUUAAAGCCACAAUAACCCUGCAACUCAUAUAUAUCUAUCUCCCAAACAAGCCAGACGAAGCAAGGAAUGCAAGAGAUGCUGUUCGAGAUCUGUCAUUGGUUUCUGGGCCCUGGUUAUUUCAGUAGUGAUGGAGAAGUGGCUGCAACAGAUCUCAGAAAUGAUAUCAGUCUCAGCCCAGAAGAGCACCUUCCUAGAACAGGGAAAAUACUGGGCCAUGCCCUCAAACUCCCAGGCCUCUGAUAAAGUAGUGAAACACGUUUCACUUGGGACUGCCACCUCUAAUACAACUGCUGUUUUCUGCAACUUGUCUACUGUCAUGAUGUUUGGUUGAUUCCCCAGUACUUGUUAAUCUGUUUGGAACUGCAGUUAUUUCCUGGAAUUCCUCAUUUACUAUAAAGUAAAUAUAACGGUGAAUUGUUUCAUAGAUCAUUUGUGUUAAUGUGUAACAGCCGAUCAUUAAAAAACACCAAGUACUUGUGUCAGGC